UCGGCCGGCGUGAGCGCGGCCGCGCGGUGGGAGUGCGGGGCGGAGAGGCGGGCGCUCCGUUUCCGGGUCAGGCCCUCUCCCACCGGCCGGGGCUUUGCUCUUCUUCUCCAUGGCUAGCGGCGGCGGCGCGGGCGCGGCGGCCUCGACCAACCUCAACGCCGUGCGGGAGACCAUGGACGUCCUACUUGAGAUUUCAAGAAUUUUGAAUACCGGUUUAGAUAUGGAAACGCUGUCUAUUUGUGUACGACUUUGUGAACAAGGAAUCAACCCGGAAGCUUUAUCGUCUGUUAUUAAGGAGCUUCGCAAGGGUACUGAAGCACUGAAGAUUGCCUUGGUGUAAUCAUAAUCGGCCUGUUCUCCAUCCAUAUCUGUAUCUAAGGCUGGAUCAUUUUGCCUAGGACCAAUAAUCUGGAGAGUGAAUAGAAAUAACGUGCAGCUGGACCAGCUAGCUUUGGGCAUUCACUCCUCAUUAUUCCCUGUUGCUGGAUAUAUGAUCACACUCUGAACCCCCAGUUCGCAUUUGUGUUAAUUAAAUAAAAGCCAUCUUGGGUCAGGA